AUGUGAAGAGAGGACAUAAAACAGUGUUGUAUUCUGAGGUCAAAAGUCAUACGUGUGAGUCACAUGGUUGAAACCAGGAAACGGAGAAGAGGUAUCAAUCCAAAGUCACUUCCUUUAUCUUUACAGUAGAGCAGAAAGAAGGCUUUUAGGCUUCAGUGAACUGACCAACAAGGAUGAUCAGAAACCGAGUGGAACAUGAGGUCUUCACAGUUCAGGACUGUCAAAAUGGAAUCUCUAUAGAUCUCUUCCUGCACCUGUCUAUCAUACCAGCAGUGUUGAUCGUAGGAGUGCUCUCAUUCCUCCAGAAAAGAGCCCAGAGACUGGACAUCGACCGUAGACUGCCCUUCUUGGGGGGACGUUUUGCCAUUGUGGUGCCUUUGGAUACUAUAGGCAGCCUCAGUAACCGUUGGUCCUAUGGGUUUGCAUUUGGUGCGGUGUCCGGCAGCGUCCUGCUGCUCUUCUCUGAGCGUUACAUCCCCUUCACGGUCCCACCCUGGGCCAGAGCUAUAGUGUACCUGGUCGGAGCUUUAGAAGUAGGCCUGGUGUAUUUCCCUUUCUUUGCCUGUCUGUCGACGUCUUUCAGAGCAGCUGGUGCUGUGCUGGGAAUACUCUACUCUCUGUCCUGGAUCAUCGUUACAGUCUGGGAUACAUUCACCUGUCCUGAUGGUAAGAUUUUGGGUCCACACCAGAAGAUAAUUGUCCAGUGGCCCUGCAUCCUCUCCCUCGUCUUCCUCUUGGGUCGAUUUGUGUACAUGCUGGUUAAAGCUAUUCGAAUACGUCUGCAACUGGAGCAGGAGGACCCUGAGGAGCUGAAUGAGCUACACCAGGUGCAGCAUGUUAAAAGACUGCUGAGGAAAACUUCGCACAGUAAGCCACUCAGCUGGUUCCAGAGGCGAGUUUAUGAGUGGGACCCCUUCUUCAAGUUCCCCAACAGGAUCAUCGGCACAGUCAUUAUAUCUCUUAUAGGCCUAUACACAAUGACUCUAGCAGACUACAGUCUCAGUAAUGUGGCUUUUGACCAAAUAGACAAGUGGAAGAAUACGCUAAAAUACCUGGUUACCUCUUGUAACCAGACUGAAGCUCUGGGAGCCAUGAUACCACAGCUGGAGGAAUUCAUUGCCGUGGCAAGGAAGUCUUGGCUAACUACCACUAUCUUUGCAAGUCUCAACUCUGUUGCCUACACUUUCCAUGUAUUGGCAUGUUACAGGAAACACUUGAAGAGACUGUGGAGAGGACAGAGGGGUUUUAUUCCUGAAAAGUUUCACAACCCUAGUUCUGCUGUCAGUGUUGCUUCCAUUGCGAGAUACUCUGGAUGGCAAAUAGCGUUUACACUGUGGGGUUAUCUGAUUGUUCAUUUUGUCCACUUCCUGUUUGCCCUGCUCUUGGUCUAUGGGCUGGUUCUUCCUGUACAGCAUGGAAAAGUACUUAGCAUGCUCACUAACCUGGGAAUCAUCAUUCUGACCAUCAGUUUAGUGAUCGGCCUGGUGAUUUUCCAGAUAGCUCUGGUUCAGAUCUUCUUCCUGCAGGACAAACUAUCUCCUACAGAUAAACAAAAGCCUCUGGCUCUCAACAACAGGAAGGCGUUCCACUGCUUCAACUACUUCUUCUUUUUCUACAACGUUGUGAUGGGGAUCAGCAACUGCAUCUUUAGGUUGCUCUGCAGCAUGGUUGUAGGAACAUGGCUGGUGUCCCGCAUAGACCGGACCAUCAUGCAGAGAGGAUAUGAAAACAUGGACGCCGGCUACAGCACUUGGAUUGGCAUGAUCUUUGCUGACCACUAUCAUAGCAAUCCAGUCAUGGUGUGUUUCUGCCAAUUGCUGAUCUCCAAUAAGCUGGAGAGACACACAGCAUCUACAUACUCCACAUUCAGCAACAUGCCAUCUGAACCCCUUGUGAAAAGCAAGGCCAGGAGGCGCUGGAUGUUGUGUCAUACUUUACUGAGAAACCCUCAUCUGAUUCUGCUCAGAAAGCACCACCUCUCCUCAUCUUCUUCAUUACAGACAUCAUCCUCUCCCCAGUUAGACAUAGCAGUGAAGGCGUGGGCCAUGGCCUCACGAACGCAGAGUUGCCAAGCAGCACCACAGUCACUACCAGAGAUCAUAGUCACACCAGCAGAGGACUGUUAAAUAAAACAUUAAAAUUGAUUGUGAUCUUGUUAAAAAAUAUGGUUUUUGAAUCCAAUAUUGUAUAUUUGCCCAUUAGUGGUGCAUCUCCUUGUUGUAAAGGGAGUACUGUGCUGUUUUCAAUUAAUGAUACCACCGAUUGAUUAUACGCAGUUUAAAGGGUUUAAUAAGUGUGUUGUCUACAAUACCUAAGCUUUUAUUUACUCUUGUCUCAAGAGUUCACGUCUGUUCAUGCCCUGCAAGCCUGCCAUUGAGUGGUUAGAACCAAAGUGUCUGCUGAAAAACCCUGAGUUUAGUCAAAUUUAAACUGUUGUUCUGUAUAUAGACAUAGUCAGAGUUAAAUGUGAACCUUUGUACAUAAUUGCAAUAAUGCAUGCAACAUCUAUUCUAGAAAUGGGUUUGUGGUGCACCACAGCUUUCCAUUUCUUUUUGUUAUAAUGUUCAUUUUAUUAAAAUCAUGUGAGCUACACUGUACAGCUAUUAUUACUUUCAUUCUAGGUUGUGUUAUAAAUUCUAACUGGGUAUGAACCUUUAUGCAUAGCUGCUGUAUUAAACCAUUAAACCAUAUAGCCCUACUGUAUAUAGCAUUAAACAUUUGCUUUAUGGUGAUCAUACAAUUUGUAGAGAACCAACUUAUGCAAGGUUCUACUUUGCACUUGUAAAUAUGGCUUUGCUGCACUUACAAUACUUUCGGUACAAUACUUUCAAUUGUAAAUAAAAACAAAAUGGUAAAAGUGA